AUGCCUGAAGUCCAAAGAGAAGCUGUCAACACCUCUCCUCUGAUACAAGAUCUAUGGAUUUUGUACACCGAUGGCGCAUCUAAUGCAUCAGGGUCCGGACUGGGUCUCAUGCUCGAGGUCCCGACAGGCGAAGUAAUUCGCCAGUCCAUUAGAUGUCCGGACAUGACUAACAAUGAGGCCGAGUACGAGGCAGUGAUUGCAGGAUUAAGACUGGCACUCAAGUACGGAGCAAGACGGGUCAUCUUACGCUGCGACUCUCAGCUCGUGGUCAACCAAGUCACAAGGACUUUCCAAAUUAAAGAGCAAAGGUUACAGAAGUAUCAGGCCAAGAUCUGCAGGCUGCUACCUGAAUUCGACGAGUGCCAACUCGACCAGAUCCCUCGAGCACAAAAUAUCGAAGCAGACGGCCUUGCCAAACUAGCGGCAGCUACCAAAAACAUAAACCUAACUUGGGACUGGCGCAAUCAUAUUGUUGCAUACUUGCAGGACGACGUGCUCUGA